UUUGUCCUUUAAACUUCCAAAAAAAAAAAACUAAAAUAAAUUGGGCCAAGAAGGAAAUUAAGAAUGGCCUUAUUAGACUAACAGUUCAAACGAAGCCCAAAGUUUCUUAAACAGUAAAACUUUUAGAGCUAGAUUGUUCAAAAGGAUCAUUUCAAAACAAAGCCCAGAGAAUGACCAUAUCAAUCCGAAGAGUCCGUAUAUACAAACACUGUAACCUGCAAUGCAAGUGUUGACGCUACAUCAUUCCCCUAAAUCUUUUCAUGGACAAAAUCAAAGAUAACACUCCUAUGCAAAGUAACAUGGUACGAACUCUCGCUCCCAUGCAUUCGUCAGGCCGAAAGCUCAAAGCGAAUGUUCUUAUUUGCACUCCCUUCCCUUUCUUUCACUGUUUCAGCUUCUUGUUAGUUGGAAGUCCUCCGAGGACGUAUCCAGUCUUCCUUUCGCACGCAAUUUAAAAAUACCCCUUUUGGGGUUGUUGGAUGUGAGAUUUGUGUUUCAAAGAGGGUUAGUCUCCUUGAUAUCGAUCACAUUUUUCUUUGAGUAGGCUUCAAGCAUGUUAUUACCUGUUCCAUCCUGUUACAUAACAUCUCUCCUUAUCCAUUAUGAUGAUUAUGACCUUCUUCAUCCGUUUGACAAGAGCCUCUCACAAAACUCAAUGAUGGCAACACCACACGAUGACAACAGACUAACCUGUUUACUAAGAUUCAGAAGAAAACAAGAUUUUUUUUCUUCAUGUUUUUCUUCAUUCACAAUCCAUCAUUACAAGAGGUAAAAAGAUCACUUAAAAUAAAUUAAAUAUAUAUCAAUUGAGUUCCUUUAUAUUGAAUGCAUAAUUGAUGUCCUUUGAACUGGCUUUGUAGCAACAAUAUCAUAACCACUAUGAGGGUAACCUUACUUAACAGCCAUUAUUUAUGUGAAGGGCAAAAGAGAGAAAGACAGGAUUAGGGACCCACGUUCCUUUGCAUUAGGUAUAGGAUCUGCCCCCCAAGUCAUCCUUUUGGAAUGAAUUCCUUUUUCACAAAUAUUGGUUUGUAUGGAAUGUUACUCCGUCCAGUUUUCCACAAAAAAAAUGGCAAGCUCAAGUAUGGGGAUGGCCUGUCUUUCGCUAGUCUUGUGCAUGGCGGUGCCAAGCUUGGCCACAGUUUACACUGUUGGUGACACCUCUGGCUGGACAAUUGGUGUUGAUUAUAGCACAUGGACUAAAGGCAAGACCUUCCAAGUUGGCGAUAGCCUGGUCUUCAACUACCCAACUAGCCAUACAGUGGAUGAAGUAAGUUCCAGUGACUACAGUACAUGCACUGUGGGCAAUGCAAUCACAACAGAUAACAGUGGAGCUACCACGGUUGCUCUCAAGACUGCUGGAACUCAUUACUUCAUUUGUGGUGUAAUUAGCCAUUGUGGGAAUGGCAUGAAGCUUGCUGUCAAAGUGGAGUCAGGCUCAUCCAUAGCACCAUCCAUAUCACCGUCCAAAUCACCAUCCAAAUCACCAUCUUCUUCUUCUUCUUCCUUGCCGCCAUCCAGUGAUAAACCAUCAACUACCACUCCAUCUACUACAACUACAACAACCAACGUCCCGGAUUCCUCAUCUUCAUGGAGUCUCUCUCCAUUUGUGGCUUUUGUCACAACUUGGGUUGCGUUAUUUGUGAUGUUUAUUUCAUAAGCAUGCCGCAGUGUCCGCCUUGGUCAGAAUAGAGGCAGUGCUUAUCUCCUUUUUGUCUAGUUUGUAUCGAGGAUUAUUGCUUAUCUUUAUGAAUAAGCAGGUUACUUUUCAUGGCGAUAGGUAGGUACAUCGUAUAUUAUAAGUUAUUUUUCAUUGUUGUAACUUGCAUCAUGUUCUAUGUGGACAUGGAUUGAAAAUUUUCAAUAAUCCCGUUACCCUUUGACAACACCAGCAAA